AUGGACCCACCCGACACCGACAAACCAAGACCAACAGAAAUGCAGGAUCUCAUCAAGCGCUUACGCGAGCUGCUCGAUGACUCCAAGGAAAAAGACGCCCUAUUCGAAUUGGUGGAGCGAAUGGUGCAGCUAUUCGAAGACAACCGCAAAACUUCCUAUUGGACGGAAGCUUCCGAGCUGGGGUUCACCAACCUGAUAGCUGAGCACGCCGGGGAUGGAACAGAGCUGAACAACAGACUCUUAACCUGCUUUGCCCAUGCUAUUCGGCGAAAACAAUUCUUGUCGGCCGAGAAUACGAGCUUGGCGACAGCAUUGAACGGUCUGUCUGCUCGAUUGAAGCUGAGGGUGGAUUUGGCACAAAAGCAAAAGCAAUAUGAGCUGUUGUGCAUGUUGGGCACUGUCUUGGAUGCUAUGGCGGAUAUAAAGGUUUCUGGUAUUACCAGGGAGUAUCUACACGGUCCGUUGCUGAAACAGCUUGGAAAGCUGCGGGAAAGUAAAGAACCCAGAUUGGCUCAGGCAGCAAGCUACGCAUAUCAGGCUCUGCGUUGCGUGCCAGACGAUGAGAGUCGGUGGCAGGCUUUCUGCCGUUAUAGUUGGACUUUGUUGGAGGCAACAGGGAAGAUUUCCGGGGCUGUCACAACCCUGGAUCCGACCAAAGCCAUCGAUGCUGGCUCCAACGUCAAAGAGCUUUUGGAGUUGUACAAGAGGAUUGUAGAAGCAGUCGGCGAUGUUUCUACUGCCUGUCGGUCACUGAACCAGGAGAUCUUACAUGAUCUCGACAAACUGCCCAAAGCGAACGUUUGGUAUACUUCGCUUCGGUAUAGCAAGUUACUCAUUGAAGCAGGUGCCUUACAAAUAUUGAGGGAGCUCAUUGGGGACCUCCCUGGCUCCCAUGAUGCACAAUAUUACUGGGAAAAACGUAUCGUCGAAUUCAUCGAUUGGACGAUGUCACAGGAAAGGGUUCAAGUUGUCAUCUCAAAGUCUUCUCCAGUCCAACAGUGGCUAGAGUUAGUGGCCGAAACCAUGGAACAGCCUCACUGGAUCGAUCAGCCCGUUGCUGAAAGGUUCCGCCUUGAUCCCAGGCGCUGGGUAGGAACAGCGAGACAUGCUCCGCGGGUCGACCGACAUAAGAGUCUGGAGAGGACGUCUCAGCCCAGGGUUUCCUUGUUCUGCCAGCACCAAACAAGCGCCCAGAGGACCGCCCAGGAUCUUCUCGAAACAGCAUGGGAAAGUUGCAUAGGUGCCCAAAGGUUCUACGCCGACAGGCUGAUAAGGCGGGUUUCUACGAGCCCCAAGAGGCUCAGCAUCAUCCGCCUGUCAGGGACAUCACACACCAUUGAGCAGUCCUACAUCGAUCUUGUCGUGGUGAAGUCCUCGGGGGAGCGGAAUGGAACGUCCGUAAAUACAGUCUCACGUCGUCAGACAAAUCUUUCGAUCUUGGAACCACCCAAUAUCUCCAGUGAUGGAAUCAAGAAGACGAAUGAGGUUGCACUAUCUAAGCUGUUUUCUCUCCGCACGCACACAGAUAACACCGUGCAAGACACAAGGCGUAUCCUGAUUACGGGACAGGCAGGGGUGGGCAAGACGACUUUGUGCAACAAGAUAAUCCAUAAUUAUUACCACAAUCAGAUGUGGGCAGAUAAAUUCGACCGAAUCAUUUUGAUUCCACUCCGUCAGCCCAAAAGGGGGCUGGAUGUAUGGGACGUCCUGAAACAAGAAUACCUGAGCCGCGAGAAGGAGGUUGACUUAUUUUUCAGCGCCAUACGCCGUACGAUCUUUGACACGGAUCAUCGGACAUUGCUCCUUAUCGAUGGGCUGGAUGAGGCCUCCGGGGAAACGGUUUCAGGAUCUCUUUGGGCAUUACUGAAUUUCCCUAACGUCAUUGUGACGUCCCGACCCUAUGCCGUCAGCUCCUUAUUCCAGGGGCACACUGGCCUCUUUGAUCUCGAACUGGAGACCACCGGGUUUGGCCCUUCCCAGGUCGAUUUGUAUCUUGAAAUGGUCGAGGAAAACCCGGAGACACGGAGGAAUAUGCAGGGAUUCAUUCACCGGCACUGGCCCAUCCAAGCCUUGUUACAGAUUCCAAUCCAGCUAGAUGCAUUCUGCGUGGCCUGGGGGCACCCGGACCUUUCCCCAGACACCCCGAUGACGCUGGCUUGUCUUUACGAUGUCAUUGAGAGGAAGCUUUGGAGCAACGAUAUUGCGACGCUUCCCAGGACCGAUUGGCAAUGGGCAGUGGGUGAGAUCCGGCCUCAGAACUGCCGGACCCAUAAGCAGAUAGAAGCUGUUGUGGGGGAAGGACUUCAUCUGGAGCAGGCUCUGGCUUUUAACGGUCUUUACAACAACGUCGUUGAGUUUAGUGAAGCUCACCGGGAUGCCGUUCAUGAAUUGUUUCAAGCCACCACCGACAACAUUCUGGAAAGGGUCUCAUUCUUGCGCACAUCUGACGGAGUCCGACAUGCCUCCCAAACCUUCCACUUUAUUCAUCUGACGUUUCGAGAUUACUUUGCGGCGCGGUACUUCAUACGAUGCUGGACCGAAAAUCAACCGUUGAGAUGUAUUGGCUUCGGAUCCUCGGGGAAACCAUCCGUGUCCCAUGUUUCUACAGAGGCCCUGAUAUGUACCAGGAAAUACCACCCACGAUAUGAUAUCAUGUGGCGGUUCGUAGCAGGUAUAUUGCACCAAAGCGAUCCGAACGGGCAUUCGGCCGUUGAGGGCUUGCGCAGGAAAUUAGAGUCAUCGCUUCUCGCCGUCGUACGGUAUGACGGACCUCCGUCUUCCAUCAUCAGCGAGUCAGAGUUUCCCGACCAUAUCGAGAAGGAAAUUCUGACUACCGGUGCAGCAGAACAUAAGCUUGCGGUCCUAUUCAAGUUGCCUGUCCGUACGCACAUGUCGGCAGGCUUGUUGGAUUGUGUGGAACACUGCCUGGCUGCAAGCAAUCCCAUGAUCAUCCGGCCCAAGGCAUCCCAGAUUCUCGGCAUGUAUGCGCAUGUUGCUCCUGGAAAGGCCCUCCGAGCGCUUUUCCAGACUGAUGCUGAUGUCGCAGAGAGCGCCUUGGCUGGCCUGAGUACUCGAUCGGAUCUCAAUAUUGACGUUUGUGCGAGCCUUGUUAAUCUACUAGUAUCGAAAAAGGGUUCGCCGAUGAUAUUGCGCUCGCAACGCAAUUUACCUGGCGAGAUUAUUACCCACCUACAACAGCUCCUCGUGGAUUGUAAUCCCUGUGUCCGACAACGGGCAGUUGAGGCACUGUCGACUCAAGUUCACGUCAGCCACCAAAUCAAGUGUCAGCUAGUCAAUUGCCUUGACGAUUGCGAUCGCUUGGUGAGAAUACAAGUAAUGGUGGCCAUACAGGGCUGGAAAGGCCUGUCAACAGAAGUUCUAGGCAAGGUCGUCAGUUUCACGCUGCACGGGGACGACGACGAGGUCUGCUGUGCGGCUCGACUAUUAGACCUCGAGAGCGAUCUUCUACCAGAUGUUGUGCAACAGUUGACUUUCUAUUUGAAGCAAGAGGCCAGCGAUUCAUAUUCAGGUCUCCUGGAAAUCCUCGUACCAUCCAGAUUACGGGUUCUGCAAAUCGCGGGAAUUCUGGCGAAGAAAGGUGCGUUAUCAAUUGAUCUUGUCCAGAUUCUGCUUUUGGGUCUGAGCCACGAGGUCGAUUUUGUGCGGUAUACUGCUGCCGCGCUCCUGGGAUAUCAAGCCAUCAAAUCUCGGCCUUUGUUCGACUGUUUAAUCGACACUUUCAGGGAUACGUCAGAGACGGCUCGACAAAGCGCAAUAUAUGCCUUGCUCCCACAGAGAGCCCUGCCCCAACAUGUCUUACGGUCAUUGGUCCAUGAAUUUUUAGACGAUGCCAACUCGCUACAAUUGGCGCUCAGCGCACUGAGCAAACAGAUAUUUCUCCCUGAGGAUAUUGUUCGCACAUUGCAAUCCAAGGCAACACAAAUCUGCUCUCACGAUCUCUGGCACUCGGUUCUACUAUCGAAAAUACUAGGUAAAGAUCCCGGUUUGCCAACCGAAGACCUCAAGCGGCUACUGCCAGUGCUCGCAGGAGAUUCACCCAUGAAUCGCGAAUCGGCAGUGCCAGUGUUGCAAAGAGAUGCACACAUGCAUACUCUAUCAGCAGCUUGCGUAUUCUACGGAAAGGGCAGACUACCACCACAUAUUGUGAGAUAUAUCAUCUCUCUCCUCCACAAGCCCGAUCCCCACUGGUUCUACCCCGAAUGGGUACUCCGACGACCUGAAUUCUACGACAUGCUUCCCAGCUUGGACAAAGAAACCUGGAAGUUAUGGUUUGGGAAGAUCUGGCAGAUGAGCUUUAGAGAACCCAUCACCUGCCACGUCUGGGAAGGACACCUGUAUUUGAAUUUUCCCCAGGGCUCGCACAGAGUGCGGCUGCAGAUGAAUGAUCUAGAGGUGAAGCUGCCAUAUGUGAUCAAGAUGUUGGAGAAUAAGUGGCGACACUUGGAGCCGGGGUGGGCCAGAUAUCAACCUGAGGGGCUUGCGGAGCGAAGGAAUGUACUUGACCUCCCUAUCAGGUAACACACUAGGAAUGACCUGACAUGACUCUUUAUGAUUAUCUGUCUGUUGGUCACAGCUAAACAGCCAACCGGGAUACUGGGUGUGUUGAACGUGGUGGAUUCUUAUCUUGUUUAC